GGAGGUGCAGAAAGCUGUGAACACUGCCCAGGGCCUCUUCCAGAGGUGGACAGAGCUCUUGCAAGAUCCGUCCAUCGCGACAAGAGAAGAAAUUGACUGGACCACUAAUGAGCUCAGGAACAACUUGCGCAGCAUCGAGUGGGACCUGGAAGACUUGGAUGAAACAAUUAGCAUUGUUGAGGCAAACCCGCGGAAAUUCAACCUCGAUGCGACAGAGCUGGGUAUCAGGAAAGCCUUCAUCACCAGCACGCGGCAGGUGGUCAGGGAAAUGAAGGAUCAGAUGUCAAACUCCUCCAUGCAAGCACUGGCUGAAAGAAAAAACAGGCAGGCGCUCCUGGGAGAAAGUGGGAGUCAGAGUUGGAGCUCUGGACCUGACAAAUACAGCCGUCUGGACCGGGAGCUGCAAUUAGCAAAUUCACACUUCAUCGAGGAGCAGCAAGCUCAACAACAGUUGAUUGUGGAGCAGCAAGAUGAGCAGUUGGAGCUGGUCUCUGGCAGCAUCGGGGUGCUGAAGAACAUGUCCCAGCGCAUCGGCGGGGAGCUGGAGGAGCAAGCAGUGAUGCUGGAUGACUUCUCUCACGAGUUAGACAGUACUCAGUCGCGGCUUGAUAAUGUCAUGAAGAAGCUCGCCAAAGUGUCUCACAUGACAAGUGAUCGACGGCAGUGGUGUGCAAUUAUCAUCCUCUUCAUCAUCUUGCUGGUGGUGCUCAUCCUGUUUUUCAUCCUGUGAUGGACUGAACUUCCUCAGACGCCCCCUCCCCGCCCCCUCGCCUCCGUAGCAUGGGGAAAUAAAACUCUCACCAUUUCCGUCCGCCCACAGAAAGCAAGCCUGCACCCGGCUCUCAC